AUGCCUCGCACAUAUGAGCGCGAUAUGGAUCAAAAUAUUGGCGCGACAACGGGACCACUGAGCCAUUUGCAUCUUUUAGUGACUCCAAUGAUUUUUGUCGCCUCUAUAUGGCUGGUUAACUGCUACUACCCAAUGUAUCCAACGGUACAGGACGCAAUGCAAGUGAUUGCUGCCGAUUUUACGAAUGAUCUCAAACCUGAAAACUUCACAAAGUACAACCUUGUUGAAAAAUUAAUUACGGUGAAAGCUCAGUUGCAAAAAAUGGUUUCGAUGAACAUCAAAGGGAACUAUAAUUUCAUUCACGUUAUGCACCUUUUCGGUGGAUUUGGCUUUGAAAAAACUGUAACAUGCACUGUAAAUCGAGUUCCAUGGUAUCAUUUGAUGGCUGAUAAGAACAGGCUGAAGCCAUCGUCAGCUGGAAUUCAAGAAAGAUACUCCCAGAAAUCGGCGGAUCGCGGAUUGGUAUUGGCCUUCAAUAGACCAGUAUCUGUGGUAGUAGCAUUUAUGAUUGCAUCCCUAUUGGCCCUCCUCAUAUAUUUUGGCGUCGCUUAUUUCAUAUGCGCCAAUCGUGAUUCCGUCAUUCUUGAUUCGAUUCACUACAUCUUCGGAUCAAACAUUCAACUAUUGAAGUGGGAAGGCACUGACAUAAUCCUUGUUACACUCGCGCUCGGUGUCAAGAUAAUUUUCAUUGCCACGUUGAGCCUCCUUCUAGACCAAUACUAUCUCACAUGCGAAGCGAAAGGCCAUCGAGGCGGACCGGAUAUUCUCGCGUGGUACGAGGCGCAAUUGGCCAUCUACCUUGCUGCACAUAAUCUCGAUUUUCAAGAGUUUUAUGAGGCGUCCAAUAUGUUUGAGGACGACAUUAAAAGCUAUUGA